GACAGCUGCAGGGUCGCUGGAAGUGAGAGUAGCGGUGGAAAUAUAUUGGAUGAAAAGCCAUGGAAGGGAAGGCACAGGUGCAAGAAGCGAUUAAAAUCCAGGGUGAAGUCGUUCGGAAGUUAAAGUCAGAGAAGGCGAGCAAAGAGCAGUGCUAGGGUUGCUUACCACUUUUCUCCUGUUCUCCCUGCCUGACCCCGGGUGACCUCGGCCUGCCUCACCCUUCAUCAUCACCAUCACCUACCCGACUGUCUGGGGACUCCAACCCUCCUGGUCAUCGUUACUCAACUCACUUCCUGGUUCUCUGUCUACUGACCAUGGUGAUUGGCUGCUGUGGACAUUACCACUGGACAUUACUGUACCCAUGAUGAACUCCUGAACUGUUGCUUGUUCAACUUCCGGACUUUUUCCCCCGCUGUUCUGUGGGAUGAACGUGCUGGGCAUGUUUUGUGUUCGUGCUCGCUGUGGUCUGGUGGGCUUUCGGACCGCAACGUCUCUGCGUUCUUUCGCUGGCAUCACUGUGGAUCAGAUUGAUGAAGAAGUAGCCAAACUGCUGGAGCUGAAGGCUCAGUUAGGAGGAGAUGAUGGCAAACAUCAGUUUGUCCUCAAGACAGCAAAGGGAACGAGGGACUACAACCCCAAGCAGAUGGCCAUCAGAGAGAAAGUCUUCAACACCAUCAUCAGCUGCUUCAAACGCCACGGAGCAGAGACCAUCGACACGCCUGUUUUUGAGCUGAAGGAAACAUUGACAGGGAAGUAUGGAGAAGAUUCCAAGCUCAUCUACGACCUCAAAGACCAAGGAGGAGAGCUGCUGUCCCUCAGAUAUGACCUCACUGUGCCCUUCGCCCGCUACCUGGCGAUGAACAAGAUAACCAACAUCAAGCGCUACCACAUUGCUAAGGUCUACCGGCGUGAUAACCCGGCCAUGACCCGCGGACGCUACAGAGAGUUUUACCAGUGUGAUUUUGACAUAGCAGGGCAGUAUGACGCCAUGAUACCAGAUGCUGAGUGUCUGAAGAUCGUCCAUGAAAUCCUCAGUGAGCUGGACCUCGGAGACUUCCGUAUCAAGGUCAACGACAGACGCAUCCUCGACGGGAUGUUUGCCGUGUGCGGUGUUCCUGAUGACAAGUUCCGCACCAUCUGUUCAACAGUGGAUAAACUGGACAAGAUGCCCUGGGAGGACGUGAAGAAGGAGAUGGUGAAUGAGAAGGGCCUGUCGGAGGAGGCUGCCGACCAGAUUGGGGAGUACGUCAGUAUGCAGGGUGGAAUGGACUUAGCAGAGCGCCUCCUUCAGGACCAGAAGAUGUCUCAGAGUAAGCAGGCCUGUGCUGGCCUGUCUGACAUAAAGCUGCUCUUCAGCUACCUGCAGCUCUUCCAGGUCACAGACAAGGUGGUGUUUGACCUCAGUCUGGCCCGGGGUCUGGACUAUUACACAGGAGUCAUUUAUGAGGGGGUUCUGACUCAGGCGGGCGUGGCCCCGGUGUCCACUGAAGCCCAAAACGGGGCACCUGCAGAGGAGAGCGUCAGUGUGGGCAGCGUGGCCGGCGGGGGUCGAUACGACGGCCUGGUGGGCAUGUUCGACCCCAAGAGCAGGAAAGUGCCAUGUGUGGGCGUCAGCAUCGGUAUCGAGAGGAUCUUUUCCAUCAUGGAGCAGAAGGCUGAGGCCUCAGCAGAGAAGGUUCGGACCACAGAGGUUCAGGUCAUGGUGGCGUCUGCGCAGAAGAACCUGCUGGAGGAGAGACUCAAACUCCUCACUGAGCUCUGGAACGCUGGCAUUAAGGCGGAGGUGAUGUACAAGAAGAACCCCAAACUGCUGAGUCAGCUGCAGCACUGCGAGGAGUCUGGGAUCCCGCUGGUGGCCAUACUGGGAGAACAGGAGCUGAAAGAUGGAGUGGUCAAGCUGCGCGUCGUGGCCACCAGAGAGGAGGUUGAUAUUUCCAGAGCAGAUCUUAUAGGUGAGAUCAGGAGGAGGACCUCUGAGGCCUAGCCACUCCCCUCUGUUCAGCCACAAGCCCAACCACAUCACCUGACUGCUUCAAACACAGACACUCUGCAGAAUUUCUUGUCUCGUCCUCUGUAGAGCAUGUUGGACAUCACGCAGCCCUGAAAACACACAUCCAACCUCAUCUCCAUCGCAGCCACUUAGACUGGUUUCAUAUGGAGCGAGUGGUGCUCACGCUGCACUCACGCUCGCUGUAACAGAGCAACAAGCCAAAAAGCUAACAGGGAGUGUUUAACAUGAUGUUUCUUACAACACUGUCAUUAGAGAACAACAUCCAGGAAAUCAGUUGCAGUUUACAUCCACUGUAAUGUGUUUUGGAACAAUCGUGUGCUCUGAGGUCAAACUGAGCUUAAACUUUUCCAGUCCAAGAAGUCACUUUGUUAUUGUCCAUAAAGCUGCUGGAGAUCAGUUUGGCCAGAGAAAAGAAAUCUCUUUAAAGAGCAGCGUUCCUUAAGAUAUGCUUUAUCUGUCCAGGACCAAGGAUGAGAAACUCUGUUAGACAUGAACUGCAAUAUAUCAUCUCAUAGAAACUCUUGCAAACAUGCUAAUUUCUUCCUGUAUCAAACCUGUACUGUCAAGUCUGAAAUAAACACAUUCAUCAUCUUGGUCAAAGAUCA